AUGUCAUCAUCAAAUUAUAAGCCUUUACAAGUCAAAAAGUUUGCUAAGAAAGCUAUUAGUGAUACUCCAGAAAACAAAUACUGGAAGAAGUUUAAGGUUGAAAGUUCCAAGACUUAUGUAAAUGCCAUUAAUAAAGUAUAUUCAGGUGGAAAUGAUUCUGAGUUAAUUGCCUUUACUGAAGGAAGAAUUGUUUAUGUUUAUAAUUCAAAGAAGGAAGAGAUUAAAUAAUAAAUAGAAAGAUUUUAAGAUAAAGUUACUGGAAUUUGCUUUAGAAAAGAAGGAAAAAUGAUGGCUACUGCUGAAGCAAAUGGUAAAAUUAAAAUAUGGGAAGUCUCAAAGAAAACAUUGCUUAGAGAAUUCAAUGCUCACAAGAAAGCAGUAAACGCUAUGGACUUUAUUGGUGGAGAGUCUUAUAUGUAUUCAGGAUCAGAUGAUUAUCAAAUUAAACUCUAUGAUAUAGCAUCAAAUGAAGUAGUUAGAACAUACGUGAAUGCUCAUAGUGAUUAUGUCAGAAGUAUAGUUUCUGUUCCAAAUAGUGAUAGAAAUGUUAUAUCUGGUGGUUAUGAUGGCUUUGCAAACCUAUUUGAUUUUAGAGAUAAAUCUAAGAAACCUAUUCGUUAAUUCAAUCACGGAGUUUCUAUAGAAGAUACUACAAUUAUUCCUUCUGGUUUUUCUUUUGCAACUGUUGGUGGAACUUCAGUUAAUAUUUGGGAUUUAAGAACAGGUAAUGCUAUCGAAACACUAAAUCAUAAUUUAAAGACUAUAACUUGUGCCAAAUUUAUAAGUAAUGGUGAUAGAUUGAUAACUUCUUCAAUCGAUUAAAGUAUGAAAAUAUAUAGAACAGAUACUUACUAGAUUACUCAUCAAUUUAAGUUCCCUUCUCCAGUUCUUAGUUUCGAUAUGACUUAAAACACAAAAUGUUUUGCUGUUGGUAUGGCAGAUGGUGUAUUAGAGAUAAGAAGCAAUUAAAAAAAGUUAGGAGAAUAAGUUGAUUCUGAUGAAGAAAAAGAUGAUAAGGAAGAUUUAGGUUUAUAAAUUCCUGACUUUUUAAAAUAUAACGAAGCAGCAUAAAGAAGAGUGCAUAAUUUUUAAUAUUUUAGCAGAGGUAUGUAUGAUAAGCCUACCUAAUAUGAUGUAAAGUAUGAAGAAAAAAGAAUUAAAAAAAUAAGCAAGUACGAUAAGCUUCUUAAAAAAUUCCAAUAUAAAACCGCCAUGAUGCACGCUUUAGAAAAUCGUUAAAAUGACGUUGUUAUUGGAUUAUAUGAAGAAUUAAUUCAAAGGGGUGAAAUAAUAAAUGCUUUUAAAAAUUUAGAUGAUUCUUAAUUGAGUAUAGUUUUUGAGUUUAUAGCCAAAAAAAUUGCAAACCCUAAAUUUUAAGAUGUCGCUAUUCACAUGUUGAACCUUAUGUUUGAACAAUACACUUAUGAAAGUGGUAAGUACUUGGAAAGCAUGGUUGAUAUACUUGACGAAGAAAUUUUGACAUAAAAAUUGUUACUAUAAUUAAACGGAUAAAUAGAUACAAUAGUUAACACUAGCAUUGUGGAAUGA